AUGGCGGCCGAGUUUUGGGUAACUGAUGGUGACAAAGGGCGCUGGAAGGGAGUGGACAGCUUCCAAAUCGCAUUCAACCUCGUGGACUGUCGCAACGCUCAGGGCAAGCACAUAACCCUCGGCUGCGCUGUGCCUUUCUUGGAAUUUGAUCUGAAGCUGCCGGUCGAAGUGAUCCUCAAGAUCUUCUCCAAAGUCGAGACGAUCACUCGGUGCCGAGCAGCGUGUGUGUCAAGACGCUGGCGGCUGGUGUUGUACUCGGCCCCGGAUCUGUGGCUUCGUCUCGAUCUGAGCCGGCGAGACUCCCUUGGGGGCGAAAAGUACUUGUAUCCAACGGAAACAGCAUCCCAGCUCCAGUUUCUCCUGGUCGACUCAUCGCUAUCUCGCCAGCGUUUCUCGCAACUCAACGUGCUGGAUCUGUCCUGCACGGACAUCGGGCUGGAUAUGUUUUCGGAUCCCAGCAUCCUCGGAUUGCUUCAGGACACACUGGCUCGAUUGAUCCUGAACGGGUGUCCCUAUGUUGACUCAGGGUCACUGUUCCAUCUACGAUGGUUGAGGGCACUCAAGUGGCUCGAUAUAAGCCACUGUGAACAUAUGGACGACUUUGGAAUCGAAGUCAUCACAUUCUACCUCCCGCAACUCAAUCGCCUGGACAUGGCUUACUGCUUCAAGAUCACUGAGAAAGGAAUCGCCAAGCUCUUCAAGCUCACGGGCCUCACACACGUUAAUCUAAUGGGGUGCUACCGGAUCAAAAACUACCCUUGGGCAACGCGCGACGGGCCAAAGAAAAAUACGCUCUCGCUCAAGGAGAUUAUGAUUGGAGAAGACUCGCGCAUGCAGAAGAGGGGUCUGUGGCUACUGUGGUGCACCUGGAACUGGGACAUGGGCAAGCUGAUAUCCCUGUGUCCGUUCAUUGAAACCCUGCAUCUGAACGUGGUCUUGCUCGAGGGGCAGGUCGAAGGCCUUACGGCCCUCCUCACUACUUGUCCGACACUCAAGAACCUCAGCAUCGUCGUCGAUCGCAACUCUAUCAGCGUUCUGAUUGCCGAGUCGAAGCGGAUCGAGCAACUUGCCCGACUCGAAGUCACGAUUCACAUCGGUGUCACCAUCGAAUCGCUUUCUGAGCUGAUCAAAUCCAGGAGCUUGACCAAGCUCAAGGCUCUGCGAUUUCACAGCAAGCACACCCCCAUUUUCAAUGACGAGCUUCUGGGGCGCCUCAUUGCGGCAGCUCCGGGAAUUGAGUCGCUCGAGAUGAAUGGCGACGAUAUGACAUCGAGCGGGUUGAUCCCCAUCGGACAGUACCAACAGUCCAUGACCUCCCUCCUGAUCCACCAUGCCACCCUUUCAAACGAAGCGCUGAAUCAAAUCGGGAAACUCGGCAACCUCAAGGAGUUGACCAUAACCGACCUGCAAGAGGAAUCCAAAGCUAACCAGCUUUCCCAGCUUGUCGCAUGUCUUCCGCGCUCUACCCGGAAGGCCAAGGCUCUGAUGCGACAGAUCAAUCGGGAACGAAAAGCCGCCAGCCGCCCCUUGCAACCCCGACUCCCACAAAGGCCCAUGCCAUGCCCCAUGUCCCUGCCGAUCGGCGGUCGCCUCAAGAAACUCGAGCUCGCAAGCCACCAAGGCUUCAGCGAUGCCGACUUGGCUGGGAUUGUUAGACAAUGCGCUCUGUUGCAAUGGGUCGAUUUCUCCUUCUCAUUCACGUUUCCCAAGACUAUGGCGGCGCUGGUGGAUUCAUGUUCGGGCAUGCUUUAUGUUCGGCUGUGUCGGCUGAGAGUUGUCCCUGCGCUCUUGUCCAACUCGCCCUCGAACCGAUCGACAAGUGCCGGCUCUCGACGCCUCAACUCGGAUAACGAGGGAUCCGGCGUCAGUAAUCGAGCAAACCGAUCAUAUUCGCUGCUGUUGGACGACAACGGGAUGUCUCGAACAGACUCGAGCACGCCAUCCUUCCUUGCUUCGUCCGAAGAGUGCCAGGCGCUUGUCCAUUUUGGCAAGUCAGCCCCUCCAUUGCUGAGGGUGCUCGAUUUUACUGGAGACAUUGGGCUGACCGACUGGACGCUGGGGUCGUUGGCGAAUCUGCCAUCGCUGCACACGCUUUUCCUGGACUCGUGUAAUCACAUCUCCUCCAAGAGUUUGGUCGGCUUUGCUGAAAAGACAUGGAAGAAGCUUAAGAGGCUCUAUGUAAGCAACUGCAAGAAAUGCAACCUGAGCGUGGUCGAGGAGAACUACCUGGUGGGCUCGCUCGAAGUAGAGAUUGCCGUCGUCGUGGGCUCCUGAGUGCGAGCGAUGCACCCUGUUCAAGGACGAGAUGCAGCCACCGAGACAGAAUCGGACAAUGGUUGGCCGCAAGCACAUGAAUACACCCAGGGAUAUACCAUUUGAA